AGUUGACCUGAACCCCCAUGUGUCAAACGACUUGUAAAUGCAAUACAAGGAAAUUAUAUUUUUCUUUUAGAAUUGUAAUGUAAAACAUUAUUGUCUCCUUUAUGCUAUGUUCAAUGCAUAGGUAUCUAAUAGGAGUUAUAAAAGCAAGUGAUGUGAGGUUGUGACUGAAAUGGUUUUCUGUUGAAAUCUGGCAGUUCAGUGAAGCAAUCAUGGGGUCAAUGCGACCGACGGGACGGUUCCUCUUUUCGAAUAACAUUCAGAGGACGCAGAAACAGGCUGUUCCAAGUGGAUUCCCUCAAAGCCUAUCAGGUAGUGAAACAGAUGUGUCCACCUCAAAUGAAAAUCUGUCCCGAGAGGAGCGCUAUGUUGUACGGCACACAGCCCGGGUGGAGCCCCAGGGACAGGAAAAUCAGAGUCAAACUAAUAUUAAUAACAGAAACUCGCUGAAGGACAAUGUCCCAGGCAGCAACCGUAACUCUCUCAAAGACUCCAUUGGUGGAGGCAACAGCAAUAGGAGUUCUCUUGAUGUCUCCUCCUCGUCCUACAACACACUUAUUAUACACAACCAGGAUGAUUCUUGGCCUCCUCGCCCGACGCCUAUUCGAGAACACGAACGAACAACCAGUGAGGUGAAGCAUCCAGCCACUCAAUCUUCACCAUACCACACAUUGAAGAAGAGUGAAGUGGGAAAGAAACCCAGCGGAAUUCCACUGCCGAAGGUGCACAAGGAGCAGCCUGUGACCACCACGGCUAAUUAUAUUGACAUUGGCGGCCAGAGGAUCUAUACUAGUCCACCUGAUCAUGGAGUUCAGGAAAUAACCGAGAUUCCGGCCGACUUCCUCAACCAGUCGUCAGUGCUGAAGCACCUGGCGAAGGAAGUGGCGCAGUCCCCCUCCCCACAGUCCCCCUCCCCGCAGUCCCCCUCCCCUCAGUCGCCCUCGCGCCCCGCCUCCCCCCGCUCGCCGCCCGACCGCAAGCUCAAGGGCAAAGGGUCCAAAGCCAAGCUUAGUAAGGAGAAGCUGAACCUGUCUAGGUCACAGCCGGAUUUGACUAGUGUGGGGGUUCGAGCAGUACCGGGUGGUUCUGAAUCUAGUGGCUGGUGCAGUGGAGGGGAGGGGUCCUUAGAGGAACCCGACGAUGCGUUUGCAGCAGUCUUGGACACGCUGGCCGCUGAAAACCACCAGCUUAAAAGGCAGUUGGAGAACGCGUGUGAAACUGUUACUAGGACUUCCAAGCUCGAAGAAGAAGUGGAGAAGGUCCGAUCAGCUCAUGAAGAGUUGGUCCGUUCGUGUGAGCGCCGCGAGCGCUUGGAGCGCGCUGCGAGACUGCGGCUGCAGGCUGACUGUCGGCGGCUGCAGGACCUCAACCGGGCGCUCAAACACCAGGUGGAGCUGCUGUCCCAAGGCGUGCGCUCUGAGGGCGACUCGAGCUCUGAAGCUUUGCGCAAGGAAUUGCAAAACCGAGAGAUGCUCAUCGCUCAACUUAUCACACAGAACAAAGAACUGGCGUGCGCGAAAGAGAGACAGGAAAUCGAAAUGGCGGCCCAGCGCGCCACACUGCAAGAACAACGGACUCACAUCGACAUUCUCGAUACGGCACUGACCAACGCACAGGCCAAUGUUGUUAGGCUUGAAGAAGAGUGUCGUCACGCGGGCGGAUACGUGGAGCGGGUGCUGGGGCUGCAGCGGGCGCUGGCGUCGCUGCAGCAGGCGUCCGACCGCCGCGAGCGCACCGAGCGCAAGCUGCGCGCGCAGCUGGAGAAGGAGCUGCAGGCUCUCAGAAUGCGCGAAUGCAACUGCGGCUCCGGCGGCAACAGCACAGCGGGCGGCGAGGCGGAGCUGCGCCGGCAGCUGCGGGAGCGCGACGAGCGGCUGCUGGCGCUGGAGGGCGAGUGCGGCAAGUGGGAGCAGCGCUAUCUGGAGGAGGCCGCCUUGAGGCAGGCGGCCGUCUCCGCCGCCAGCAUCCCCAAGGACGCGAAGAUCGCGGCGCUAGAGAAGACGUCAGCGGAGUCCGAGCGGCUGAUGGCGGAGGCGCGCAACGAGAAGAUCCGGCACAUGGACGAGCUGCACUCCGCACAGAAGAGGGUCGCCGACCUCGAGGGCAGGGUGAAGGAACUGGAGUCGAAGGUAGCAGAGCGAGACGCGAUGAUCAAGGUUCUGCAGAAGCACACUAGCGCCGCCUACGACAGCGGCGCCUCGCUCAGGAACAACUCUAGCAGGGAAGAGCUAGUGGGCCUAUCGUCGGGCGCGUCGUUCUCGUCGGCGGAGGGCGUGGGCGGCAGCGUCACCAACAGAUACAGACAUCUCGCGCGCAGGAACUAUUCCUCGCACAACGACAACUCCAGUGGUUGCGGGUUCGACAGCACCUCGCUGCGGCUGGAGUCGGAGCUGGCGGCGCUGGAGUCGCGGCUGGAGCGGCCGCCGGUGCCCGCCCGAGGACUAUGCUGCUUCCCGGGUCUGGGUACGGUGGGGGCGCGCGGUGGCAGCGGGCGGGGUGAGGAGGCGCUGUUGCUGGAGCGUCAAGGCCGGGCCUCGCAGCAGACCAGGUCGUCCAGCCUGCCGCCGCCGCCCUCAGCCCUUCCAAGGCCCCCGAGGAAACCCUCCGCAAGGAACACGAGAUAUGAUCGGCUGGAACAUAGGGAUGCGAGGAAGGACUCUGACGGUUCGGGCUCCAUAGCAUCGACCGCGUCCCGCAGCUCUCCUCUGCCGUACGACACCGUCCGGAAGCUGCCAUCCGUUCCGACCUCCGCGUCCCUCCCUGCGGCGGAGUCCAGGGAGUCCCUGGUCCGGCCGCGGGACUCCAGCCUGCCCUCGCCGUCCAAGCUAGCCGUCUAUGCUGCAGCUAGACGCCGCUCGGCUGAAUCCGCCAAGGAUAACAAGAGAACGCAUCAUUAUAGAAUCCAGUUUUAG